AUGGAUGCUGUAUCCUCGGCGGCGAGCGUCAUCGCCGUUAUUCAACUGACGGGAACCCUCGCGAAGCUUUGCGGGGCUACAUUCGAGAGAAACGCCCUACCGAGUGAUCAUCACGCAAAUUUGUCAGUUCAGUGGUUUACCAUCGCUUGCAAUAGGGCGAGGGCCGCACAUGUGGGGAUUCUUCCUGGGAAUAAUAGCAGCGACAGCACGGGAGAGGAGGCAGUGGUCGUCUCGGAGCUACAGCAGCUGGCAGACAUUGCCAGCGCCCAACAGCCGAUUAGCGCGUUACGCAUCACGCAAGCUGUGGAUCAACCGAACUUUGGGCUCUAUCUGGACAGCUUCCACGGGCUUACCAAACUAUGGGCCAGUCCAUUUAAUCCUGAUGGUAAACUGCCCAACGCGGAUCAUAAUCUACGAGCGUCACUGCGCGAUUUUCAAGACCACUACCCUCGUGAUAAUAUCUUCUAUAAGUUGUUAAAGUCCGGGAUUGCAGAUAAAGGAUUCAAUGGCUGGGUUUUAUUGGAAACUUUUGACCGGAGAAUGUGGAUAGCUGAGUUUCAGCCAGGAACUGCUGCCCAGCACGGCAGGCAGUCCUGGCGCAAGCUACAAGACGCACUGCCAGCAAUUAACAGUAACAUGUAG